CUGCCACGCCGCUCAUAAUGUUUUUGAUACGCAACAUAAAUUCGGUCCCGGUGCUCAUCUUCUCCGCCUUGAACCCAUGCACCACGUUUUUCUCAUUUUUAGUCACACUUAAUUCUUUUAGUUCACAAACUGAGGUACUACUUAGGCUAGUAAGUCUUUCCAACACAUAAAGGCUAGUAUGUGGCGCGUAGAGAAUGCAUUGCCCCUCAUAUGGGGAUACCAUGGCUUUGUCGCCAAGUCAUCACAAUUCAGAACUGGAGAACUGGUCACUUAGCCCGGGACAGGAUCCCUGUUGUCAAUGAUGUUGAUCACGAUUCAUUGCCGUGCAGGAGGCGACGGCGACGUGGUCAUCAUGGUCAGAACGGACUCAAUUUCUGCUUUAACGUCGACCGUGAAGUCUCUUUAUUGCUGGAGCUGGUCUCCCUUUCUUUCUCGAUUUUUUUGCCCCUUGAAGGCACAUUAUUCCUGUAAUGACACAACGCACAGUUCUUGAUGGCCCUAAUGUUGUACUGGAAAUGCCGUACACGUCGAAGGAGAUUCACGGAAUAUCUACCCUUAUCGUUGUCUCCUGCAUUUCGCUCGUUGCGGUAGUCGGGCUGUUGGCUGUUAUCGCGAUUUCGGCAUUUAAUAUCAGGUCAUCUCUGGACGAACAUUUGUUUGUUAGGACACAUAUAGUGGCGUAUUUCGUCUGCUUGCUAGUAUCUGAUCUGAUUCAGGCUAUUGCUUCCAUACUGAAUGCUGCCUGGGUACAGUCGUCUGGUGUUCAAGCUGGACCCCUUUGUACUAUUCAAGGAGCGCUGAAGCAAAUAGCCGAUGUCUCCAUAGCAUUCUGGACGCUAACUAUCGCCGUCCAAACGUUUUUUCUUCUUGUUUUUGAUCUGCACUUGAGGCAAUUCAUCUUGUGGAUGACCCUUGUUGCAGGCUGGUCCGGUAUUUUUACGAUAGUGCUCGCUGGUCCCGCCACCUUGAACGUUCACGAGAGAGGACCGUAUUACGGAAUAGCAGGCUAUUGGUGUUGGAUUACAGAUGCGUAUCCUUCCGAACGAAUCACACUGGAUUAUAUAUUCAUGUUCAUAGCUGCCUUGGGGAGUCUCUUAUUAUACACGAUCAUCUUUCUUCGGCUACGCGGACACAUUGAAAUGGACGGACGGACACCAAAACGAUUUCGCCUUCAUCCUGUCAAGAGGGCGGGGGACUGGAGAACGACAGAUUCCGAUAAUGAAGCUACUAAGAUAGCCAAACGAAUGGUUUUAUAUCCGAUAACAUACAUAAUCAUGAUUCUCCCCAUAACGGUAACAAGGUUCAUGAACCUCGCCGGGCAAGCCGUCUCGCUGGAAGCGAUGAUCUUUAGUGCUACUCUGUUUCUAUUGUCGGGUGCCGUUAACGUUGUCCUUUUUGCAUCGACCCCGCGCAUUUUACCCGUUCGGUCUAUGAGAGUGAAGAAAUUCAAGAUCUCACUGCCCCGAGUUCUCCAGCCGAACGCAAGAGGCGUUUCCGAUCCAGAUCCUUAUUACGCUGAGUCAGAAAGCGCAUACCAUAGGACACCCCCUGUGUCCCCGGGUCCUUCUCACGUUCUGCCAUCUGUUUUGCCGCUGCAGAUCCGUCAAAGGGAGGCACCGACAUCGCCAUGUGAAGCUCACCAGAUGCCAAUUCCAGAGCCAGUGCCCGUGAAACAGGACGUGUCGUCUUCGCUACCACGGUCCUAUCCCUCUGCUUUACGCUUUCCGCAACGGAAUGGCAUUGAAAGCAUGUACAGUUACUACGAUGAAGACGAUGUCCUCAAUAAUUACGACGAAGUGAGUCUAAACUCAAGCGACGCUCCGGCGGUAGAACCCUUGGAACCCAGCUCGGAGAGCGAAUAUUCAGCAGAGUCGAUGAUUCUCAAACCCUAUAUGUACCCUUCGUCCAUUACUACAGCAUGUUAAUGUUCUUCCCACUUCAUGUCAAUGCUCUAAUAUGCAUGCGGACAAGAUCAAUCCCAUGGAAGCUUUCCAUGGAAGACAGUUGUGCUCUGGGAAGGGCAGUACUCAAAUAACUCCCUCAGUUCCGGAGAAGAGGUUAAGUAUGAGUGGAAGCGAGAGAAGGGAUUCCGCGAUUUCCUUUUCUCCAGCAAUUCCGAGUGGCAUCCAUAAAGGUCUUUUGAGUAGGGAAGAUACCCGUUCUGUUGCUGCCCAGAGCGUCAAAGUGUUGCGGAAGUAUGAUGGAACCAAGGUGCUCACUUCUCCUUGUCUAGCAAGUGCGCUGGCGUCCUCAGCCUUUGGGUCUAUACCGAUGUAGUGAAAUUUCUCCUUUGGCCAACGGACUGCAAUACGAUGGAGAUCCGUGAAACAAGCAC